CGAGAUGAACAAGCAGGCGGUCUUAUCCGCGUCAUUAUUGGUUCAGGUCUUGUUAGAACUUUAAUAUUCCACACGCAGUCAGCUGCCCGCCUAUACCCUUUAUACCUUACAUAUCCUUGCAACACUCAUCCUGCCCAAGGACACCAUGAAGCGGACGCCAAGGCGACAUGCCGAGCGUCAGGUGACGGCCGAGCAGAAGCAGAAGGAGGAGAACGAGCUGAAGUGCGUGAGCGACUUCGAGCGGGUCCGGCGGAUCGACACGAUGCCGCGCAGGAUGGACACCUUCUGGCGGACGGACACCAGGCUGAGCGGCUCGAAGGUCAAUGGACUGUGGAUGCUCAACCACGGCAACUACAACAAGGGGCUCGCCUUCACGCUGAACGAACGGCGGGUGCUGUCCAUCCACGGACUGCUGCCGGUGGUGGUGCGCACCGUUGCCGACCAGAUUGCCGCCUGCUCAAAGAUCAUCCAGUCGUUCAACAGCCCCUUGCAGCGGUACAUGUACAUGGCCUUCAUGGCGCGCAAGAACAGGCGCCUUUUUUACGCCCUACUGCUGAGCAAUCCCGAACGCUAUGUGCCCUACACGGAUGUCACGGCCUCGGCCGACUUGAUCAAGAUCCACGCGAUGAUGAGCCACGGCGGCCAGGGCAUAUUCAUAACCAUCAAGGACCUGGGCCACAUUCCCCAGAUUCUGGCCAAUUGGCCAUACCGGUGUGUGCGCUGUUUGCUGGUCAGCAACGGCGCGUCGGUGCUGAGUCUCGGCGACAUGGGCGUGGACGAGAUGCCCAUGCUGUUCUCCAACAUCCACCACAACGUCGUCUUCGGCGGCAUUCAUCCGAACUUCUGUCUGGCCGUGAUGCUGGACGUGGGCACCAACAACGAACAGCGGCUGGAGGAUCACGCCUACACGGGCCUGCGGGAGCCUCGCGUCUCGGACGCACUGUACGACAAGUUCUUCGAGGAGUUCACUCUGGCGGUGAUCCAGCAGUAUGGUGCCCAUGCCCUCAUCCUGUGCAAGGACUUUGAGGCCCAGAAGGCCAAGAGGCAGCUGGAGCUGUACCGCGAUCGCCAGUGCAUCGUGGACGUGGACUUCCAGUGCCUGGCCGCCGUGGCCCUGUCCGGCGUCAUAGUCUGCGACAGGCUGAAGAGGGCCUUCUUCGCGGCCAAUGUGUUCCUGUUCUACGGCGGAGAUGCCAUCAACAUUGGCCUGGCCCGGCUCUGCAUGGCCAUGCUGCGCAGGGAGGGCAUCAACGAGAUGAGGGCGCGGCAGCGCAUUUGGUUCUGCGAUGCGGACGGCUUGAUAGUGAUGGCCAGGCAGGACAUUGCCGAGGAGCUGCUGGAGUUUGCCCAGACGCGAGAGCCGAUCCCCAGUCUGGUGGAGGCUAUCAAGGAGCUGAAGCCCAAUGUCCUGGUGGGUGGCUCCUCGCAGCCGAACAGCUUUACGCCCGACGUCCUGCGGGCCAUGGAGCAGAGCUCCAGUCAGCCGGUCAUAUUUGCCCUGUCCCGACCCAAGGAGCUGGCCGAGUGCACGGCUGAGGCAGCCUUCGCCUACACAAAGGGACGUUGCAUCUUCAUCUCCGGUUCGAAGCUGCCGCCGCUGAAGUAUGCCAACAAAUGGUAUCAGCCGGGCCAUUGCACCAGUACCUACCUGGUGGCCGGCAUUAGUUGCGGCGUGAUGCUGGCCGGAUUCACCACCAUUCCGGACGAGGCCUUCUGCGUGGCCGCCGAGCGAUUGGCCAGUCUGGUGUGGCCCUGCGACCUGGAGCAGCGCAACGUCUAUCCGCCGAUGCGGAAGAUGCAGUGCAUCAGCCUGCAAAUGGCCGAGGCCAUCUUCACGUACGCCUUUCGGCGCGGACUGGCCACGCUGUGGCCCCAGCCCGAGAAUCCCAUGGAGUACAUCAAGGCCUCGCUGUACGACCCGCAGUACCGCAUGAACAUCGUGGACGUUUACUGCAUGCAAAACCGUAGUAUCGCCACCACGGAAUCCCACAAAUACUACAAGCUCAACAUCUAGGACCCAUGUCCUUACUUACUUAUUAAAUGGAGUGAACCCAA